AUGGCGUCAAGCGGAGGAAAUGGGGAACACGAAUGGACAGCGGCCGUCCGGCCGCUAUUAUCGGCUUCGUACACUGCAUUUGAAACGAAAGAACUACCGCAGCUUAUUGGAUCCAUUAUCAAUAGUGAAUCGGACAUUCUUCAUCAUGACAAACAGUAUGAGCCUUUCUACUCGUCAUUUGUGGCGCUCUCUGCACAUUACAUCACCACAGUAUGUGGGCAAAUACCAAGGAAUCAGUUACUCUCGGUUGCUGCAGCAUGCAAGGUUCUGAUUGAGUUCUCUCUUCUGCGCCUGGAGAACCCAGAUGAAGCUUGUGCAGUGUCACAGAAACACCUGAUCCUUCUAAUAAAAGGACUAUGCACUGGCAGUAGCAGACUUGACCGCACAGAAAUUAUUACUUUCACUGCAAUGAUGAAGUCUGCAAAGCUGCCGCAAACUGUUAAAACCCUCUCAGAUGUAGAGGAUCAGAAGGAGGCUCCCAGUGCUGUGAACCCAGAAUUGCGACACAAAGAAGUACAGAUGAACUUCUUUAAUCAGCUAACUUCAGUUUUUAACCCAGACCUCAGCACCGUUUUGGCCCCAUCAGCACAUAUGCAGGCGGAGAGUGAUUGUGAUGAGCAGACGUCUGACCAAGCUGUUCAGGCCAAAAUGAAGAACGCAUUUGUCUCUCAGAAUGUUUCAAGCUUACAAGAACUAGGUGGGUCUGAGAAGUUACUGCGAGUAUGUCUCAACCUGCCCUACUUUCUACGUUACAUUAACCGUUUCCAAGAUGCCGUGUCAGCAAACUCUUUCUUCAUUAUGCCUGCUACAGUUGCUGAUGCCACAGCGGUCCGCAAUGGAUUUCAUUCGCUUGUGAUUGACGUAACUAUGGCUUUGGACACACUCUCUUUGCCUGUGCUGGAGCCACUGACACCAGGCAGAUUACUGGAUAUGACUGUCCUGGCUUUGAGUUGUCUCUAUGCUGGUGUUAGUGUGGCCACAUGCAUGGCAAUUUUACAAGUAGGAAGUGGCUUGCAACUUCGCUCAGCCUCCACCGGAACCAAAGAGGAGGACUAUGAAAACGACGCUGCAACAAUAGUCCAAAAAUGUUUGGAAAUCUAUGAAAUGAUUGGCCAAGCGAUCAGCAAUUCUCGCCGAGCAGGUGGAGAGCAUUAUCAGAAUUUCCAGCUACUUGGUGCAUGGUGCCUUUUAAACAGCCUAUACUUGAUUCUCAACCUGAGCCCCACGGCCCUGGCAGAUAAAGGCAAAGAGAAAGAUCCUUUGGCUGCGUUGCGUGUCCGAGAUAUUGCUGCCCGCACCAAGGAUGGUGCCGGGUCACCGAAGUUGGGUCCAGGCAAAGGACACCAAGGAUUUGGAGUUUUGUCGGUUAUCUUGGCCAACCACGCCAUUAAGCUUUUAACAUCACUUUUCCAAGAUCUGCAAGUUGAGGCCCUGCACAGGGGUUGGGCAAGUGAUGGUCCACCUGCUGAGCUCAACAUCAUGGCACAAAGCACUUCCAUCCAGAGGGUCCAAAGACUCAUUGACUCUGUACCGCUGACCAACCUUCUUUUCACGCUUCUGUCCACUGCCUACAAAAAGGCAUGUGUUCUCCAACGCCAGAGAAAAGGCUCAGUCAGCAGUGAUGCCAGUGCGUCCACUGAUUCAAACACCUACUAUGAGGAUGACUUCAGCAGCACUGAAGAGGACAGCAGCCAAGCAGAGAGAAGACAGGAGAAGACAAGUGCAGCUUGUGUCUCAGAUGAUGACAGUGAACCAAUCCUCGGACUAUGGUUUGAAGAAACUAUUUCACCCACCAAAGACAAAGUAGCCCCCCCACCGCCUCCCCCACCUCCUCCACUGGAAACCUCUCCCAGACUAAAGAGCCCCAAUAAGCAGAAUCCAAGCGAGAAUGGCAACAUUUUGGCGGGUCGUAAAGAUCCAGAACUUUUCCUUACUUUGGCCUCAAGCAUUUUGAACUUCAUCACCACCUCCAUGCUCAAGUCCAGGAACAACUUCAUACGCAACUACCUAAGUGUAUCUCUAACAGAGCAACACAUGGCAACAUUGGCUAGCAUCAUCAAAGAUGUGGACAAAGACGUAAAAGGGUCCUCAGAUGAAGCCUUUUCAUUGGCUCUGUAUCACUUCAACCACACCCUGGUAACAUCAGAUCUACCAUCCCCAUCCCUGCAAAACACCCUUCUUCAGCAACUUGGUGUUGCACCCUUUUCAGAGGGUCCAUGGCCUUUAUACAUUCACCCUCAGUCACUUUCAGUCCUCUCCAGGCUUCUCCUCAUCUGGCAGCACAAAGCCUCUGGGCAGGGAGAGCCAGAUGUGCCUGAGUGUAUGAAAGUCUGGGAGAGAUUUUUGGGAACACUGAAGCAACACACUGUUCAAGGAGCUGUUCACGGGGAGGAUGACCUUAAUGUGGAGCACCUUCAACUCAUGCUGCUACUUUUCCACAACCUGUCAGAACGUGGCAGAAAGACAGUACUUACUUUGGUCACUCAGGCAAUCACUGAUGUGGCACUGAGCAGAGAGAGCCAGCUGAAGGCUGUGCCCCUCAACUUGGCUCGCCUACUGUUGGUUUUUGACUACCUUCUGCGACACUACUCAAAGGCCCCCAUGUACCUUUUUGAGCAGGUCCAGUACAAUCUCCUCACUCCCCCAUCAAGCGGGCCAAGUUCUCUUCAGGAGGUCGGGAAGCGCAGCAGUCUUCCUCUUUACUACGGUUUUAAGGAGGUGGAGGAAAACUGGGCAAAGCACUGUCCAACCAAUUCAAAUGUUCAGCCCAAAUUCUACUGUGUUUUAUCCCCUGAGGCUUCUGAAGAUGAUAUCAGUAGACUAGAUGCCAAGGUGUUUCCAAAGCUGUUCAACGGAGCAGUGAAAUAUGAUGAACUUUAUACUUGUCUCAUCUCACUUCUGGCAGCAGGCUCUCAAUUUGACACGGCAAGAAGACAGGAGACCAAGCCCAUCACUCCAGUGGAGGCCUGUUCUCUUCAGUACUUUUUCUUAGUGCUGUGGAGGAUCUUAGGGGCUUUACCACCUUCUAAAGUCUACAUGGAGCAGCUCAAGUCUGGAUUGGGUGACGCCAGUGAGAGUGACAUCCUACAUACUCUGCGAUGGUCCUCACGCCUUAGGGUGUCUAUUUAUGUGAAAUGGAUUAGGGACCACUUAGUGAAGCAGGGAAUGAAAGCAGAUCAAGCAGCCUCUUUGGUUGAAAUCACAGCCGCAAAGUGCAGCACUGUCAAAUAUGAUGUGGAACUAGCAGAGGAGUACAUUGCCAGACAGAUUUCAACGUUCUCCAAUAUUGACCCAAAUGUCAUAGUUCCACUUGAUCAGCUGCCUUCGCUACAAGCCAUCUAUACACUGGAUGCAGUUAUUUCCAAAGUACAAGUGUCCUUGGAUGAACAUUUGUCCAAGGUUGCCGUUGAGACAGACACUCAAAAGUCAUCAGAAAUCACAAAGAACCUGUUGUCUGCCACGUUACAACUAACUGAUAUGUACACAGCCUUUACAAGAUCUUAUCUACUAAUGAACAUCCCAGAGGAGGGAGAAAACAAGCUGUCAGAUGCCAAACUCCAAGGUUAUGCUGCUGUGCUAUCCAUUGGCUCCACCCGCUGCAAGGCCAACUUGUUGGGACAGAAUGUUAUGCAGAACCUACCACCAGCUGUGCAGACCAUAUGUGAGACAUGGAACAGUAUCCACACCAGCGAAUUCCCGAACAUCGGAUCUUGGCGAAAUGCAUUUGCCAAUGAUACGAUUCCAUCAGAGAGCUACAUCAGUGCGAUCCAAGCAGCUCACCUGGGAACACUGAGCAGCCAAUCUUUGCCUCUGGCAUCUUCUCUCAAACACAUUCUUCUUUCUUUGGUUCGGCUCACCGGUGACCUCAUUGUCACAGAGGAGCUGGAUCCUACUCAGAUCGUGCGUACGUUGCUGCCCCUUCUCCUGGAGAGCAGCACCGAGAGUGUGGCAGAAAUGUGUACAACAUCACUGGAGCGUAUUCUUGGGCCUUCAGAAUCGGAUGCCUUUCUAAGCCGCAUCUAUGAACGUUUGGUGACUGGAUGUUACAACAUCAUUGCAAAUCACUCAGACCCUAACAGUGGUUUGGAUGAGUCUGUCCUUGAAGAAUGCCUUCAGUACCUUGAAAAGCAGCUUGAGAGUGUCCAGGUCCGCAAAGCCAUGGAGGAGUUCUUUUCUUUCAGAGGUGAGCUUGUCCAAAUUAUGAUGGCAACAGCCAACGAAAGCCUAUCUGCGAAAUUCUGCAACAGAGUGCUGAAAUUCUUCACAAAGCUUUUCCAGCUAACUGAAAAGAGCCCAAAUCCCAGUUUGCUCUGUCUUUGUGGCUCUCUGGCACAACUGGCCUGCGUGGAACCUUCUCGUCUGCAGUCCUGGUUAACGCGCAUGACUGCCACGCCACCCAAGGAUUCAGAGCAGCUGGAAAUUGUUCAAGAAAACCGACAGCUUUUGCAAGUCCUCACCACUCAUAUUGUGCGGGACAACAGCCAAGUGGGGGAAGGAGUGUGCACGGUCCUCUUAAGCAUUCUAAUUCCCAUGGCAACAGACAUGCUGACUAAUGGAGAUGGGACAGGAUUCCCUGAGCUCAUGGUCAUCAUGGCCACUCUAGCCAGUGCUGGACAGGGAGCGGGCCACUUGCAGCUGCACAGGGCAGUUAUUGACUGGCUCACUCGAUGCAAAAAGUAUUUAACUCAAAAGAAUGUUGUGGAAAAAGUGAGCACAAACACAUCCCAAGGCAAACAUGCAAGCAUGUUGGAAUGCUCCUGUCACAUCAUCUCCUAUUUGGCUGAUGUGAUGAACGCCUUGAGGCAAAGUAAUGGUCAAGGUAGCGCAGCAAUUCUCAUGGAAGGAGAGGAAAAAGCCAUGGAGGUGGACUCGGACUGGGUGGAAGAACUAGCCGUAGAGGAAGAUGAUUCUCAGGCUGAAGAUUCUGAUGAAGAUUCUCUUUGCAACAAACUCUGCACUUUCACCAUAACUCAGAAGGAAUUCAUGAACCAGCACUGGUACCAUUGUCACACCUGUAAGAUGGUGGAUGGGGUAGGUGUGUGCACUGUGUGUGCCAAGGUCUGUCAUAAAGACCAUGAGAUCUCCUAUGCCAAAUAUGGCUCAUUCUUCUGUGACUGCGGUGCCAAAGAGGAUGGCAGCUGCCAGGUGAGACCGAAUACCUCAGGUCAUCAUGGGAAGAGAGCAACAGCGGCCUUAGUUAAACGCAGCCCAAGCAGUGGUAUGGGCUCCACUCUGAAGGAGUCUUCUGCGUUCCAGAGUGAACUGCGCAUGCCCGAGAGCACAAGCCGUCACCAAAAUGUCUCCCCAUCUGAUAAAGGCAAGGUGACCAUCUGUGAUGGUAAUCCUGGUGAUGAGGACAGACCAAAGAAAAGCAGUGUGUGCAAGAGUAUUGAAGGCUGUCAGGAAGAGCUGCUCUCCCAAGUGAAUGCAUCGUCUACUGCUGCUCUCAUACUGGAGAUGCUGAUGUUCCUAAUGGAAGCCAUUCAGACGAAUUUCCAGCAGGCAUCUGCUGUAGGCAGCAGCAUCCGGGCACAGCAAGCCCUAAAUGAACUUCACACUCAGGAUAAAAGUGUGGAUAUGACAGAUCAGUUGAUGGUACCCACCCUUGGCUCUCAAGAAGGUGCAUUUGAGAAUGUACGGAUGAAUUACAGUGGUGACCAAGGGCAAACAAUCCGCCAGCUCAUUAGUGCUCAUGUGCUGAGGCGCGUUGCCAUGUGUGUCUUGUCAUCGCCUCAUGGCCGCCGUCAACACCUUGCGGUCAGCCAUGAAAAGGGAAAGAUAACUGUUUUGCAGCUGUCCACCCUCUUGAAGCAAGCUGACUCCAGCAAGAGGAAGCUGACACUGACCCGUCUGGCCUCUGCCCCAGUCCCUUUCACUGUCCUCAGUCUUACAGGCAACCCUUGUAAUGAAGAUUAUCUGGCUGUGUGUGGCCUCAAGGAUUGCCAUGUGCUCACCUUUAGCAGCACAGGCUCUGUGUCGGAUCAUCUGGUGCUGCACCCGCAACUAGCUACGGGCAACUUCAUCAUUAAAGCCAUUUGGUUGCCAGGCUCGCAAACUGAGCUAGCUAUCAUCACUGCUGAUUUCGUAAAGAUUUAUGACUUAUCUGUGGAUGCAUUGAGUCCCAUGUACUACUUCCUACUGCCAAGUUCCAAGAUUCGUGAUGCUACCUUUCUUUUCAAUGAAGAGGGAAAGAACAUCAUUGUCAUCAUGUCUUCUGCGGGUUACAUAUAUACCCAGGUCAUGGAUGAAUCCAGUAGUGCUCAACAUGGGCCGUUCUAUGUCACAAAUGUGUUAGAGAUAAGCCAUGAAGACCUGAAGGACAGCAACGGUCAGGUUGCUGGAGGAGGGGUGUCAGUCUAUUACUCCCAUGUUCUCCAGAUGCUUUUCUUCAGCUACAGCCAAGGAAAGUCUUUUGCUGCCACAGUGAGUCGCAGCACUACUGAUGUCCAGAGACUAUUUCCCAUCCAUGUCAAAAGCUCCAAUGGCAGCAGCAAUAAAAUGUCACCGGCCCUUUGCCAGUGGUCUGAGGUCAUGAACCACCCAGGGCUGGUAUGCUGUGUGCAGCAGACAACGGGCAUUCCACUCGUUAUUAUGGUUAAGCCCGACACCUUCCUUAUUCAAGAAAUUAAAACUUUGCCAGCCAAAGCUAAGAUCCAAGACAUGGUAGCAAUCCGACACACUGCCAGUAAUGAACAACAGCGCACGACCAUGAUUCUUCUCUGUGAGGACGGAAGCCUGCGAAUCUACAUGGCCAAUGUAGACAACACUUCUUACUGGCUCCAGCCCUCACUACAGCCCAGCUGUGGCAUCAAUAUUAUGAAACCUGUCCGCAAGCGCAAAGCUGCAGCAGCCACAACCCGAACAUCCAGUCAGGUAACUUUCCCAGUAGACUUUUUUGAACACAACCAGCAACUGACUGAGGUGGAGUUUGGAGGCAAUGACUUGCUGCAGGUCUAUAAUGGACAGCAGAUUAAACACAGACUCAAUUCUACUGGGAUGUAUGUGGCUAAUACAAAGUCUGGGGGUUUCACUGUGGAAGCGGUGAACAACAACAGUUCAAUGGUUAUGACUGGCAUGCGAGUGCAAGUUGGUACUCAGGCCAUUGAGAGGGCGCCCUCUUAUGUUGAAGUUUUUGGCCGCACCAUGCAGAUAAAUCUGACAAGAGCACGCUGGUUUGACUUCCCUUUCACCAGAGAAGAAGCAUUACAGGCUGACAAGAAGCUUUCAAUUUUCAUUGGAGCUUCGGUUGACCCGUCUGGAGUUACCAUGUUGGAUUCAGUCAAGAUCUAUGGCAAAACUAAAGAGCAGUUUGGUUGGCCUGAGGAACCACCAGAGGACUUCUCUUCAGCCUCUGUAAAUAAUGUCUGCAGUCCCAACCUUAACCAGAGCAAUGGUCCCUCUGAUGGCGAUGUUGUCACACCAUCCACGACUAGUGGCUCUGUGCUGGAGAGUUGUGAAACUGAGUCCUUAUCCACCUUGGACCGGCUUGUGGUAAGUGCUCUGGAAGCUCUGGAAAGCUGCUUUGCUGUUGGAUCCUCGAAUGAAAAGGAAAAGAACAAGGCUGCUGCAUUGGAGCUGGCCACUUUACUCCUGUCAAUGCCAACCCCAGCAGGUGUUCAGCAGCAAACGAAGGGACUCCUUGCCAGUCUGCACACCAGUCGUACUGCCUAUCACAACCACAAGGACCAAUCACUGCUAAGUAAUGCGGUUCAGUGUUUGAACAGCUGCAGUCGGGAGGGCAAAGAACUCGACCCUGAUGUUUUUCAGAGACUUGUAAUCACUGCCCGUUCCAUUGCCAUCAUGAGACCCAACAAUUUGGUGCAUUUUACCGAAUCCAAAUUACUUCAACAAGACUCUGAUAUGACAGACGAUGGGCAGAAAAAUGUGGAAAUUGAAAGCCACAAUUUCAUCACACAACUGAUGAGUAACUUCUGGAAACUUCAUUCCCUCAAACCAAAAAAUGCCUUUCUUGCUCCUGCGUGCCUGCCUGGACUCACUCAUGUGGAGGCAACAGUAAAUGCUUUAGUGGAUAUAAUCCAUGCAUACUGCACCUGUGAGCUUGAUUACAUCAAUGUGGCCUCGAAAAUCUACAUGCAAAUGUUACUCUGCCCUGACACAGCCGUGAGCUUUGCUUGUAAGCAGGCACUGAUCAGAGUGCUUCGACCACGAAACAAACGUCGCCACGUUACUAUUCCAUCUCCCCCACGCUCCAACACACCCAUAGGAGACAAAGAUGAUGACGAUGAUGAUGAUGCAGAAGACAAAAUGCAGUCAUCUGUGCUCACCAGUGGAGAGGAGGUUAGACCGGACAGUCAGGAACAGAAUGAAGUGGACCAUGGCGACUUUGAGAUGGUGUCCGAAUCCAUGGUCCUGGAGACCCCAGAGAAUCUAAACAACGGCAAUCCAUCCCCUUUGGAAGCAUUGCUAGCUGGAGCUGAAGGUUUCCCUCCCAUGCUGGACAUCCCUCCCGAUGCUGAUGAUGAAACUAUGGUGGAGCUAGCAAUCGCGCUCAGCCUUCAGCAGGAUCAGCAAGGGAGUAGUAGUAGUGCCCUUGGCCUUCAGAGCCUCGGUUUGUCUGGGCAAGCUCCAAGCUCCUCAUCACUGGAUGCUGGCACGCUGUCAGACACCACAGCAUCAGCUCCGGCAUCUGAUGACGAGGGCAGUACUGCUGCUACUGAUGGCUCCACACUACGGACCUCACCAGCUGAGCAUGGGGGCAGUGUGGGUUCAGAGAGUGGAGGUUCUGCUAUCGAUUCUGUUGCAGGAGAGCACAGUGUGUCAGGACGCAGCAGUGCAUAUGGGGAUACAACAGUAGAGGGCCACCCUGCCGGUCCAGGUAGUGUAAGCUCCAGCACCGGCGCUAUAAGCACCACCACAGCCCAGCAGGAAGGUGAAGGCUCAGAGGGAGAGGGAGAGACAGAAGGAGACAUCCACAGAAGCAACAGGCUUCACAUGGUUCGUCUUAUGUUACUGGAGCGCCUGCUACAGCACUUGUCUCAGCUUCACAAUGUUGGUGGCGUUCAAGCCAUUCCUUACAUGCAAGUUAUCCUUAUGCUGACCUCUGACCUCGAUGGGGAGGAUGAGAAGGAUAAGGGUGCCUUGGAUGACCUUCUUGCGCAGCUUAUUGCAGAACUUGGAAUGCAUAAAAAGGAUGUUGCAAAAAAGAAUGAUCGUUGUGCUAUGAAUGAAGUACAUCUCGUCAUUAUGAGGCUGCUCAGUGUCUUCAUGUCUCGAACCAAAUCUGGCUCCAAAUCCUCCUCCGAGUCAUCCUCUCUUAUUUCCAACGCGACGGCAACCGCCUUGCUGAGUUUGGGUGCCGUUGACUACUGCCUCCAUGUGCUCAAAUCCCUGCUGGAGUUCUGGAAGAGCCAGCAGGGCGAAGAAGAAAAUGUGACCACGAGCCAGCUCCUUCGCCCACACACAUCCUCCUCUCCCCCAGACAUGAGCCCCUUUUUCCUUCGCCAAUAUGUCAAGGGACAUGCAGCUGAUGUUUUUGAAGCCUAUUCGCAGCUGCUCACUGAAAUGGUGCUUCGAUUACCGUAUCAGAUCAAAAAGAUAGCUGACACAAACCCACGUAUCCCUGCUCCUGUCUUUGAACAUUCCUGGUUCUACUAUUUGUCAGAAUAUCUUAUGAUCCAGCAGACACCAUUUGUCAGGAGGCAAGUGAGAAAACUGCUGCUUUUUAUCUGCGGCUCAAAGGAAAAGUAUCGUCAGUUGCGGGAUCUGCACACUCUCGAUUCUCACAUGCGCAGCAUCAAAAAGCUUCUGGAAGAACAGGGUAUCUUCCUGCGGGCGGGCAUAGUUACAGCUUCAUCUGGCUCAGCUCUGCAGUAUGACACACUCAUCAACCUGAUGGAGCACCUUAAAGCUUGUGCUGAAAUCGCCACUCAGAGGACAAUCAACUGGCAGAAGUUUUGCGUGAAAGAUGACUCGGUGUUGUACUUCCUGCUUCAAGUCAGUUUCCUAGUGGAUGAGGGUGUUUCCCCAGUCCUUUUGCAGUUGCUCUCAUGUGCCAUAUGUGGUAGCAAGGUGCUGGCCAACUCCUCCUCAUUAUCAUCAGGGGGUUCAAGUGGUGGACAAGGAGGAACAUCUCAGUCCUCCCAGAGCAAGUCUUCUAGUAAAAAGAGCAAAAAAGAGGACAAAGAGAAGGAUAAAGAGGGUGAUGGAGCUGGAAGUCAGGAGGAUCAGUUAUGCAUGGCUCUGGUUAGUCAGCUCAAUAAGUUUGCGGACAAGGAGACACUCAUCCAAUUUUUGCGCUGCUUUCUGCUUGAGUCCAACUCAUCAGCGGUGCGCUGGCAGGCCCACUGCUUAGCAUUACAUAUCUACAGGAACUCAAGUAAAUCUCAGCAAGAGUUGUUGCUUGAGCUCACAUGGGCCAUUUGGCCAGAGCUCCCUGCAUAUGGCCGCAAAGCUGCGCAAUUUGUCGACCUUCUCGGGUACUUUUCACUCAAGACUCCACAGACUGAGAAAAAGCUGAAGGAGUACUCCCAGAAGGCAGUGGAAAUCCUGAGAACACAGAACCAUAUCCUGACCAAUCACCCAAACUCCAACAUCUACAACACUUUGUCAGGUCUGGUGGAAUUUGAUGGUUUUUACCUGGAAAGUGACCCCUGCUUGGUGUGUAAUAAUCCAGAGGUUCCUUUCUCGAAUAUCAAACUGUCCUCUAUCAAAGUGGAUACCCGCUACACUACAACACAACAGGUUGUCAAGCUUAUUGGCAGCCAUACCAUUAGCAAAGUUACUGUGAAGAUUGGUGACCUCAAACGUACCAAAAUGGUUCGCACUAUAAACCUCUACUACAACAACAGGACUGUGCAAGCCAUUGUGGAGCUGAAGAACAAGCCUGCUCGCUGGCAUAAAGCCAAGAAAGUACAACUGACCCCGGGUCAAACCGAAGUGAAAAUUGACCUCCCUUUACCCAUUGUUGCAUCAAACUUAAUGAUUGAGUUCUCUGACUUCUAUGAGAACUACCAGGCCUCCACUGAGACGUUGCAAUGUCCACGCUGCAGCGCCUCUGUGCCUGCCAACCCUGGAGUGUGUGGAAACUGUGGCGAGAAUGUCUAUCAAUGCCACAAGUGCAGGUCCAUCAACUACGAUGAAAAGGACCCCUUCCUGUGCAACGCUUGUGGUUUCUGCAAAUAUGCCAGAUUUGACUUCAUGCUAUAUGCCAAACCAUGUUGUGCUGUGGAUCCUAUUGAGAACGAAGAAGACAGAAAAAAAGCUGUGACAAACAUCAACACCCUUCUGGAAAAAGCUGAUCGUGUCUACCAUCAGCUGAUGGGUCACCGGCCCCAGCUGGAAAGCCUUUUGUCCAAAGUCAACGAGGCCGCUCCGGAGAAGCCACAAGAUGACACCGCAGCUGCCGCCGGUCUUGGUACAUCUUCUGCUAAUGUAAACAGAUACAUUCAGCAGCUAGCUCAGGAGUACAGUGGAGACUGCAAAACAUCAUUUGAUGAACUCUCCAAGAUUAUACAGAAAGUCCUUGCAUCUCGCAAGGAGCUGCUUGAAUAUGAUCUACAGCAGCGCGAGGCUGCCACCAAGUCCUCCCGCAGUAGCAGCAGCCACCAGCCGACCUUCACGGCCAGCCAAUACCGCGCCCUCUCGGUGCUGGGUUGUGGCCACACUUCCUCCAACAAGUGUUACGGCUGUGCCUCGGCAGUCACAGGUCACUGUAUCACACUGCUGCGGGCGCUGGCCACUAACCCAGCCCUCCGACAGAUCCUUGUCCUCCAAGGGCUUAUCCGUGAGCUUUUUGAAUACAAUUUACGCCGGGGUACUGCAGCCAUGCGGGAAGAGGUACGCCAGCUAAUCUGUCUGCUGACCAGAGAUCACCCUGAAGCCACACAGCAGAUGAAUGACCUUAUCAUCGCUAAGGUUUCUGCAGCCCUCAAGGGUCACUGGGCCAAUCCCGACCUGGUUAGUAAUCUACAGUAUGAAAUGCUGCUGUUAACUGACUCCAUUUCAAAAGAGGGAGGAUGCUGGGAGUUACGGCUGCGCUGUGCCCUCAGUCUAUUCCUGAUGUCAGUUAACAUCAAGACGCCUGUAGUGGUGGAGAACAUAACACUCAUGUGCCUGAAAAUCCUGCAGAAGCUUAUCAAACCCCCUGCCCCAACGAGCAAGAAGAACAAGGAUGCUGCUACUGAAUCCCUGACCACCGUGAGGCCCUACAGUAAUGAAAUCCAUGCUCAGGCCCAAAUGUGGCUCAAGAAGGAUCCCAAAGCUUCAUAUGAGGCCUGGAAAAAAUGCCUCCCUGCAAGAUGCCAUGAGAUGGUGACAAAACCUCAGGGAAAGGGUGAACUGCGGAAGCAAUAUCUGCUGGAGAAGUAUGUAUGGAAGUGGAAGCAGUUCAUGAGGUCCAGAAGAGGGGAAAGCCUUUUCCCUCGCCUCCUCAAGCUGAGCCACAAUAAUUGGCUUCGGCAGGUCCUUUUCACGCCUGCCACUCAAGCUGCCAGACAGGCUGCUUGCACCAUUGUGGAGGCUCUCACGACAAUUCCCAGCCGCAAACAACAAGUUUUGGGCCUGCUCACUAGUUACCUGGAUGAGCUUAGUUUGGCUGGAGAGUGUGCAGCAGAGUACCUGGGUCUCUACCAAAAGUUGAUCAAACCAACACACUGGAAAGUUUACUUAGCAGCACGGGGAGUCCUUCCCUACAUAGGCAACCUCAUUACAAAGGAAAUAGCCAACCUGCUGGCCCUGGAGGAGGCUACCCUGAGUACAGAUUUGCAGCAAGGCUAUGCGCUUAAGAGCUUUACUGGAUUACUAUCAUCAUUUGUGGAGGUGGAGUCCAUUAAACGACAUUUUAAGAGCCGGCUGGUUGGCACAGUCCUAAAUGGCUAUCUCUGUCUAAGAAAGCUCGUUGUCCAACGCACAAAACUCAUUGAUGAGACUCAGGACAUGCUUCUGGAGAUGCUCGAGGACAUGACCACAGGUACCGAGUCAGAAACCAAGGCCUUCAUGGCGGUGUGUAUAGAGACUGCAAAGAGAUACAAUUUGGAUGACUACAGAACACCUGUGUUCAUUUUUGAGAGACUGUGUAGCAUCAUUUAUCCUGAGGAGAACGAGGUGACAGAGUUCUUUGUAACUCUGGAAAAAGAUCCUCAGCAGGAAGACUUCCUUCAAGGUCGCAUGCCUGGAAACCCAUACAGUAGCAACGAGCCAGGAAUUGGCCCUCUCAUGAGGGACAUCAAGAACAAAAUCUGUCAGGACUGCGACCUGGUAGCACUCCUUGAAGAUGAUAGUGGCAUGGAGCUUUUGGUGAACAACAAAAUCAUAAGCUUGGAUCUGUCUGUAGCUGAAGUCUACAAGAGGGUUUGGUGCCCAACCAAUGAGGGGGAACCAAUGAGGAUCAUUUACCGAAUGAGAGGUCUCCUGGGGGAUGCAACGGAGGAGUUUAUUGAGUCGCUGGACUCGACCACAGAUGAGGAGGAGGAUGAUGAGGAGGUAUACAAGAUGGCCGGAGUGAUGGCACAGUGCGGCGGACUGGAAUGUAUGCUAAAUCGGCUGUCAGGAAUUAAAGAUUUCAAACAGGGACGCCACCUGCUCACGGUUUUACUGAAGCUAUUCAGUUAUUGUGUAAAAGUGAAAAUCAACCGGCAACACCUAGUCAAACCGGAGAUGAACACGCUCAACGUCAUGCUCGGAACUCUGAACUUGGGUUUAGUUGCCGAACAGGAGAGUAAGGAUAGUGGUGGUGCCUCUGUAGCAGAGCAAGUUCUGAGCAUCAUGGAGAUCAUUCUGGAUGAAGCUAAUGCAGAGAUUUCAGAGGACAAGGGUAACUUGUUGCUGACAGGCGACAAGGAUCAGCUGGUCAUGUUGCUUGACCAGAUCAACACUCCCUUUGUGCGCUCCAACCCCAGCGUACUGCAGGGUCUGCUUCGCAUCAUCCCGUACCUGUCGUUUGGCGAACUGGAAAAGAUGAGAAUCUUAGUCGAGCGGUUCAAGCCAUGCUGCAGUUUUGAUAAGUACGAUGAGGAACACAGCGCUGAUGACAAAGUGUUUCUCGACUGUUUCUGUAAAAUUGCAGCUGGAAUAAAAAAUAAUAGCAAAGGCCAUCAGCUCAAAGACCUUAUUCUGCAAAAGGGAAUCACACAAAAUGCACUGGAUUACAUGAAGAAACAUAUCCCAAAUGCCAAAAAUCUUGAUGCAGACAUCUGGAAAAAGUUCCUUUCACGCCCCGCACUGCCCUUCAUUCUUAGAUUGCUUCGUGGCUUGACUACCCAGCAUCCCCCCACACAGGUGCUGAUAGGCACCGAUUCAAUUCCCAACCUCCACAAGCUGGAGCAGGUUUCCAGUGAUGAAGGUAUCGGUACGCUCGCAGAGAACCUUCUGGAAGCGCUGCGGGAGCACAGCGAAGUUAAUUUGAAAAUCGAAGCGGCACGCAGGGAAACCCGAGCGGAAAAAAAGCGGAUGGCCAUGGCCAUGAGACAGAAGGCUCUGGGAACUCUGGGCAUGACGACAAAUGAAAAGGGUCAAGUGGUGACCAAAACUUCCCUAUUGAAACAAAUGGAUGAGCUGAUAGAGGAGCCUGGCUUGACUUGUUGCAUCUGUAGAGAAGGUUACAAAUUCCAGCCCACUAAGGUCCUAGGUAUAUACACUUUCACAAAGCGGGUGUCAUUAGAGGAAUUUGAGAACAAGCCUCGCAAGCAGCAAGGCUACAGCACUGUAUCGCACUUUAAUAUCGUCCACUACGACUGCCACCUGGCAGCAGUCAGGCUGGCACGUGGGCGAGAAGAGUGGGAAAGCGCCGCUCUCCAAAACGCCAACACCAAGUGCAAUGGACUACUUCCUGUUUGGGGGCCACAUGUGCCAGAAUCAGCAUUUGCUACUUGCUUAGCACGACACAACACAUAUCUUCAGGAAUGCACUGGCCAGCGCGAGCCCACGUACCAACUCAACAUCCAUGACACCAAACUGCUCUUCCUUCGCUUUGCUACCGAACAAUCAUUCAGCGUAGACACGGGGGGAGGCGGCCGUGAGAGCAACAUCCAUCUCAUCCCUUACAUCAUCCACACUGUGCUCUAUGUGCUCAACACGACACGGGCUACUUCUCGGGAGGAGAAGAACCUGCAGACUUUUCAGGAGCAGCCAUGUGAGAAAUGGGUGGAGAGCUCAUACGAGGUAGAAGGGCCGCACUACUACACCGUCCUGGCGAUGCACAUCAUGCCACCCGAACACUGGAGGACCUCCCGGAUUUCCUUCCUCCGGAGACUUCUGGUGAACGCACACGCCCGCAAGGUGUCGGCGAGCAGCGUCAACAAGCUUACAGAUAAAUCACCAAAGGAAUAUGCAGUUUACCGCUCACCGCUUCUCUUCUGGGGACUGGUGGAUCUCGUUUAUGACAUGUUCAGGAAAGUUCCCACCAGCAACACAGAAGGUGGCUGGUCAUUCUCACUCGCCGAAUACGUGCGUCACAACGACAUGCCCAUCUAUGAAGCCUCGGAGCGCGUGCUCAGGGCUUUCCAGGAUGAACUCAUGCCUGCCGAAUCCUUGGCAGAGUUCUUUGAUGUUGUAGGUCUCCUCGCUGAAAUCCCUGAUCCGGACCUCUUCCUGCUGGAUUUGUUGAACUCUUUGCCCUGA